AUGCACGCCAACUUUCAAGCCAACCUACGCGCUCGUAAAGACGAGCAGUGCCACGCCAAAAAGCUGGAAAGAUUGAAGCAACGCCUCACACCGCGUUUACCAGGCUCCCAAAAGAAGGUGGUGUACAACCUGUCCUCGUACCAGCCCGACGGCCCCGAGAUGGCAGUCCUGAACCUUGGUCUCAACUUCAAUAUGGGUCCCGCAACAGACACGAAGAAGUUGGUAUGUGCUGCUGACCGUGCUGUCUGUUUGGUCGACCAGUCUCGCCGUGAUGAGGCUCGCACACGCGUUGUAAACGUCUUGUCGAAGCUGCGCACUCAACCCACGGUGGCCCCCUUGUCCCAGCAGGAGCGUGAUGCCGUCAAGAGGCUACGUGAGAAUCAUGACAUUGUGAUACUUCCUGCCGACAAGGGUAACGCUUCGGUCCUUCUCGACAAAAGCAAGUACAUCGAAAAAAUGCACUUGCUUCUGAGUGAUAAACAAACAUACGCCCCGGCUGCAAGAGACCCUACACCUAAGCUACAAAGGGACUUGCAAAAACUUCUGUCCGACAUCUUCCGCAUGGUGCCGCCUCAACACAAGCAGCUGUAUUAUAAAUUGCUUUGCCACAAUGGAUCAGCUCCAGCUAUAUACGGCCUACCGAAGGUACACAAGACCGAUAUCCCCCUGCGGCCUAUAGUGGACUUCACUCGCUCCCCGCUCUACAGGCUGUCAGGUUUUCUUCAUAGGGUCAUCUCGCCCCUGGUAGGCAAAGGUGCUACCUAUAUACGCAACACGUAUGACUUCAUCGAAAAGGUCAAAAACACAAUAGUCGAUCCGGACGAAGUCUUGGUUUCCUUCGACGUUGUGUCACUUUUCACGAGUGUACCCUUAGACAUGGCCGUGGAUGUGUGCGUUGCCGCCCUCGACAAGGACCCGACAUUGCCUGAGCGAUCUCCCCUCGAAGUGCACGACCUAGGCAGGCUACUCAAGUUUUGCCUGUCGAACACCUAUUUCACCUUUCAGAAGAAGUAUUACCGGCAGUUACACGGUGCGGCGAUGGGGGCGUCGAUUUCGGUGACUGUUGCUAACCUAACAAUGGAGGCUAUUGAAGCUCGGGCACUUUCCUCGUUUACGCCGAAACCGAAGUGCUUUCUGAGGUAUGUCGACGACUGCUUCAGUGUUUUGCAGCGGCAGAACCUCGACCUAUUCACGGUUCACCUCAACAGUAUGCAUCCAGCAAUUCAGUUCACAGUCGAAGCGGAGUCUGAGGGCCAGCUACCGUUCUUGGACGCCCUGGUGAAACGCGAUGGCUCAGGCUUGUCGUUCAAGGUGUUUAGGAAGCCCACUCACACUGGCCGCUACCUCAACUACAGAUCGGUGCACCCGGCUUCGCAAAAGAGGUCCGUUGUCGGCUCUCUUCUUCGUCGGGCGGAAAGGGUAUGCACGACAGGGGAAGACCGUGCGGGUGACAAUGCACUGGUGCGGCAGGAGCUGAUGGCGUAUGGUUACCCUGAGUACCUAAUUGACUCAGUAGGGCGCCAGUUGGCUCGUGCAGUGCCCGCCCAAUCUGGACCUACACAGAAACGGGCCGCAAUUCCGUAG